AUCGAGGCUCGGUCACUGUUGAAUCAGUCGCUGGUCUGACCGACAGGUGAGCCAUGCUUUCUGUCUCUGAAAGUACGUCUUUGGAGGACGCUCCUGCUCUUUGCCCACAUGCAGCUCACCUGAAAAAUGCAGAUAUCACCCAGGAUCAAAAGUCUGCAAAUAGAGAACAGGACUGUCUCAAGGUUCAGGAUGAAACACACCACAAGAGAGACAGUGAGCUGGAGAACAAGACCAGGAACUGGAUCCGUCCUGAUUUGCCCAGCAGAUGUACCUGGAGGCUGGGUGCACCUGUUACAGAGUCACCUCAUGGCCACCCAGCUCGCACCAAACCUCCCAGCAUCCUUCCCAACAUCCUUGGGAAAAUUGGACACACACCUCUGGUUCGUUUGAACAAAAUCCCGAAGGAGUUUGGACUCAAGUGUGAUAUUUUGGCCAAAUGCGAAUUCUUCAAUGCGGGAGGCAGCGUGAAAGACAGGAUAGGCCUGCGGAUGAUGGAGGACGCUGAGAGAGCCGGGAUCCUCAAACCAGGAGACACGAUCAUCGAGCCCACCUCUGGCAACACAGGUAUCGGCAUCGCCCUGACAGCCGCAGUAAAAGGAUACCGCUGUAUCAUCACCAUGCCCGAGAAGAUGAGCAUGGAGAAGGUGGACGUGUUGAGAGCUCUUGGGGCAGAAAUAGUGCGCACGCCAACUUCUGCAGCUUUUGAUUCACCUGAAUCUCACGUCGGUGCAGCUUGGCGUCUAAAGAAUGAGAUCCCCAACUCGCACAUCCUCGACCAAUACCGCAACGCCAGUAACCCUCUGGCUCACUACGAUACCACAGCAGAGGAGAUACUGGAGCAGUGUGAUGGUAAAUUGGACAUGUUGGUGACCGGAGUUGGCACAGGUGGUACACUCACUGGGGUUGCUCGGAAGAUGAAGGAGAAAUGCCCCAAUGUGAAGAUAGUUGCUGUUGACCCUGAAGGCUCCGUUCUGACCGGAUCAAAAGAGGCGAGCGAAAAGAAGUCUUUUGAAGUGGAGGGCAUCGGAUAUGACUUCGUCCCCACGGUGCUGGACAGAUCUCUUGUUGACAUGUGGUAUAAAUCAACGGAUAUGGAGACGUUCACGAUGGCUCGUAAGCUGAUCAGAGAGGAGGGUCUUCUGUGCGGCGGCAGCUCUGGUUCGGCCAUGGCGGCAGCAGUGAAGAUGGCUCAGCAUCUUGAAGAAGGACAGCGCUGUGUGGUCAUCCUGGCCGACUCUGUCCGCAACUACAUGUCAAAGUUCCUGAGUGACAAGUGGAUGUAUGAGAAGGGCUUCCUCAGCCCGGAGGCUCCGCUGGAGCCCAAACCCUGGUGGUGUAACAUGACUGUCCAAUGUCUACACCCGCCUGCCCUCCUCACUGUGUUACCAUCUGUGUCCUGCCAGAAAGCCGUUGAGAUCCUGAAGGAGAAAGCGUUCGACCAGGCCCCAGUCGUCGAUGAGUCAGGUGUGAUCCUCGGGAUGGUGACUCUGGGAACUAUUCUGUCGUCUGUGUCGGCUGGGAAGGUCAAAGCCUCGGACGCUGUCAUCAAGGUUCUCCGCAAGACUUUCACGCAGGUGCAUCUGACAGACAACCUAGGGAUGCUGUCCAAAAUCCUCGAAACAGACCACUUUGCUCUGGUGGUGCACGAUCACACCCAGUAUAAGGCUGAUGGGUCAGCUUGUCAGAGGCAGAUGGUGUUUGGCGUCGUGACAGCAAUCGACCUCCUCCACUACAUCACCACACACGAGGGGCCGGACGGCUCGCCACCUUAAUGCUCGCUAUCUGUCACCAGAUUAUGUUGAAGACGUGGCCGACCAAGAGGCAGCAUGAGUUUCUUAAAUCAAAUUUAAAGGAAAGGUUAGGUGAUAGUUUAUAUAUUUUUUCAUUGUCAGCAAAUUUAUAUUUUGAGUAUAAAAUAUGACGGACUACACUGCCCAGCUGUUCCAGGACAUCACAGAGCCUCUUAAAAACAUUUAAUUGUACAUUUUUAAUCUUUAAAAAAAAAAGAUUUAUGUCUUCAUAGGAACAAAUGAGCUUCAGGAUGAGUGUCACAGAUAUUCAUAAUGAAAUGUUGGAUUUUAACGAGAUUCGUUGACAAUAUAGAAACUGAAUUACAUUCAACAAGCAUAAUCAAGUCAAAUGAUUGAUGGACACACUAACUAUUUACUGCUAGUAUCAUGAGUAUCAUGAUUUUUAAAGGUAUUAAUCACUGAAAAGUGUUAAUUGUUAUGGUUUUACAUGUUUUACAUGUUGUUUGUGGCUCUAAUGAGAAUAGUGAGACCAGACUGUAGUUACUUGAGUAUAAAAUGAUGACGCUGUUCACUGAUGAUUUCGAUCCCUUCACAGUCAACGUGGUCUGAUUGUAUCUGAGCAUUACAGACUUUUUUUAAUGGGCUUGGUGGAAACCUGUUCUUUCUUUUAAGUUGGAGUUAAUGUUGUUUCCUUUUCAUGGAUCAAGUCUUCCACCUAGUGGCUGAAAACUGUUUUAACCUGCAGUAAUCAGUUGUACUCGCAUGUGAUAUGAACAUGCACAUAAUAUAUCGACUAUUUUGGGUCUGCCUCCCUCCACUCAAAAAUAUAUUGCAUUUUUUUGUUACUUCACUAUGCAGGAUAAUAUGUUUUCACAUUAAUAUGCUGAAGGGGGAAAGUCAC